AAAUCGCGCACAAGGCAGCAUGCGAACACCCAGGCUAGCUGCGCGAUGGAGCACACAUAGGAUCACAUAUAUUUCCUAAUCAUUCAUUUGGGUUAUGCAUUUGAGAUAGCUGAGCAUCACUCAGCUCAAUCAAGUAGCCUACAGCUCCAGCCCGAGAAGAAAAUAUGUGUAGUGCUGUGUGGUUGUGCAAUGUUACUCUUCAGAAAAAAAAUGUCAUAUUUUUUUAUGAAAAUGCAGACAUUAAUAGAAAUGGUGACUUUACGAUAAAUCUGCUCUUGUUAUUGGGAAAAUUUCAUAUUCAUAAACGUAAAUGGGGGGGGGGACUUGUUUUGCAGCCUUCAAAAACGAAGUCAAAUUCUACAUGGACACUAUAUACUGUCUGACUCAGCAGCCAAAAAGCUGACAGAACUAUAUGUAUUUGUUCUGAUAUUAUAUCCUCUUUGUGUUGAAUUUUUGUACCCCUAUUUGUUAUAAUUUGUAUGGUGAUUUUUGUAUGUAAUAAAAAAAAAAAAGCUCCAGCCCGAGAAGCUCCAAUUCGAAACGUCCAGUAGAUGGCGCCCUUGUAGUAUUCUCAUGUAAAGACACACUGGGCGUCUAUUCUGUUCGUGAAGGGUGGAUAUAUAAGUUGGGUAGGCUUAUUAUAUUUCAUUAGAGUAGGCCUAUUAUGUAGAUGCCAUCGUUUGGAAACAACUUUAUUAUUAUGACUCAAAAGCCUUCAGGGAUACAUCGUAAUAAAAUGCACGAACCACGCCCACCACACAAUUAGGAAGUCCGUUAAAAUCGUGCGCACUCAUUCCGAUUUCAGGUGAAACGAAACAGCUUGAAAAUUUUCAGUGAAGCAUUGGGCAGCACAAAAGGAAGAAUGGCAGACGCAGCUCCAAGCAACCAGAACCUUUUUACAUGCCCGAUUUGUCUUGAUCUACUGAAUAAUCCCGUGACUAUUCUUUGUGGACAUAGCUACUGUAUGGGCUGCAUUAAGGGUUACUGGGACCAGGAAGACCAGAAGGAAGUCUACAGCUGUCCCCAGUGCAGACAGACCUUCACUCCAAGACCCGUUUUGAACAAAAAUAAUGUUUUUUCUGAGCUUGUGGAGCAGAUGAGGAAGACCAGAAUCCAACCUGUUGAUCCAGUUCCAUAUAUUGCAGGACCUGAAGAUGUGGAUUGUGAUGUCUGCACAGGGAGAAAACUCAAAGCGGUGAAGUCCUGUCUGGACUGUCUUGUGUCCUAUUGUGCAACUCACUUGAAGGCCCACAAUGAUGUUAUCCUUGGGCGAAAGCACAAUGUAGUUAAUGCCACAGGUCAGCUACAGGAGAGGAUCUGUGCCCAACAUGAGAAGCCAUUGGAAAUAUUUUGUCGCACAGAUCAAACUUGUGUCUGUUUUCUCUGUAUGGUGGAUGAACACAAAGGCCAUGACACUGUGUCAGCCUCUGCAGCGAGGAAAGAGAAACAGGAAUAUUUUGGGGAGACCCAGAGAGGCUUUCAUCAGAGAAUCCAGGAGAGAGAGAAGGAACUGCAGGAUCUGAGGAAGGCUGUGGAGACUCUCAAGAGCGCUGCACAGACAGCAGUGGAGGACAGUGAGAGGAUCUUCACUGAGAUGAUCCGCACCAUUGAGAGAAGACGCUCUAAGAUGAAAGAGCUGAUCAGAGCUCAGGAGAAGGCUGAGGUGAGUCGGGCUGAAGGACUCCUGAAGCAACUGGAGCAGGAGAUCGCUGAGCUGAAAAGGAGAGAUGCUGAACUGGAUCAGCUUUCACACACGGAGGACCACAUCCAUUUCCUCAAGACUUUCCAGUCAAUCAGUGACCAACCUGAAGACUUAUCUGGUAUCUGUGUCAACCAGUGCAUCUCUUUUGAGGCUGUGAAGAAAUCUCUCUCCACACUGAAGGGGCAACUGGAGGAUUUCUGCAAAGAGGAAGUAACCAAGACAUCAGCAGCUGUGACUAGAGUCCAGACUUUUUGGAACAUACCUGCAACCAGAGAGGAAUUCCUACAAUAUUCUUGUCACUUCACACUGGAUCCAAACACAGCCCACAGAAAACUCCAUCUAACUAAAGGGAACAGGAUGGUGGAAGUUACAGGAAAGUUGCAGUCAUAUAUUGAUUAUCCAGAGAGAUUUAAUAAGCUGUAUCAGGUGUUGUGUAGAGAGGGUGUGUCUGAAUGCUGCUACUGGGAGGUUGAGUGGAGUGGAGAGGAUGGUGUUGAUAUAGCAGUCUCAUUUGAAAGCAUCAGCAGGAAAGGAAAUGACAAUGACUGUGCAUUUGGAUGUAACGAUCAGUCCUGGACUCUGGAACUCAGGAGCUCCAGCUCCUCCUUCUGGCACAAUAAUACAGAGACUGAACUCCCUCUAGUGACCAGCCCCAGAGUUGGAGUGUAUGUGGAUCACAGGGCAGGAGCUCUGGCCUUCUUUAGUGUCUCUGACACAAUGAGCCUCCUGCACAGAGUCCAGACCACAUUCACUGACACACUCUACCCUGGGUUUGGAAUUGGUACUGGCUCCUCAGCGGAGCUUUUGUGAUUCACCUAUAGGCUAUAUUACAUUUUUGUAUGUGUUAGUUAUCCAUGGUUUACAGUAGUCCACAGAGCUGUUGAUCUAUGUGCUGCUCUUCGAGAGUCUGUUCGAGGAGGUCGCUCAGGACUCAUGACUGGUAGGCUAGCUUACCAUACCUCUCAGAGAGAUCUACUGCUAUCAGAGGUCCAGUGACCUGCUUGUCCGCAUGCUGCCCUUCCAGCAUUUGGUCGGAGAGAUCACUCAGGACUUUGGAAUUGCCUAUAUGCCACGCAUUUCCUGGAAGGCUUUUCAGCCAGCUUAAACUUUUCCGAUUGACCUAUGUUGUUUUAGCGUACCUGUUUACACAGACCUGGUUGAGUGUUACACCUAAAUAAAUGUGCGUGGCAUAUAGUCCAUUGAUCUGCUUCCAGGACUCUUCCAGGAGUUAGGAAUCAUGCUCAUGGAUAUGCUGGCUGGUGAUUGGAUAUUAGCCAGUUACAUAGAGACAGCUGAAUGGACAGCUGAAUCUUCUUUUGUUCAUCUAUCCCUCCAUUGUUUGUUGCUCAUGUUAUGUACCAGCCUAUUCAAUAUGGUAUGUGCUUUUUUCAGUAUAAUGCACUUUUGUGAAAUGUCUGUUUAAUUUGCUAUAUAGUCUAUAUAAAUGUGACUUAUAUUUUGUAAUUAUUUCAAAUAAAGCACAGUUGUUUCCCACUG